AUGCCGCGCCCUCGACUGCUGCCCAGCCAGCGCCGCCGGGCCGCCGAGGCGUGCAACUUUUGCCGCGAGGCCAAGAAGAAGUGCAGCGGCUCCGUCCCCUGCACGCACUGCCUGCGCCGGGGCAUCGCCGGCCAGUGCGCCAUCUCCUUCCGGCCCCGCGGCUCGCGCCCGCCGCCGCCGUUGGUGAACCCGAGCCCGGCACCCGCCGCGUCCUUGAACCAUGUGUAUAAGAGACAGUCCUUGAACCGUGCCGAUGCCGCCGCCGCCGCCGCAGUCUACGCCCGGCCGGGCCCCGUGUCCUCUUCCGUCAAGGUCCCGGCACCGGUCCCACCGCCGAGGCCGGCCCCGCCCACGGCCUUGACCCCGGCAUCCGGGCCGUCCCCCGGCCAUGCGACGGCCGAGACGACGGUCCGGCGCCAGGACGCCCCGUCGCCGCAUGUGUCGAGCCCCGUGAUGACGAGGGCCGCCGCCGUGCGAGGUCGUGACGCAUUCCGGCCACCACCAUCACCUGCGUCCGAGCCUCGUCCCAGUGUCGCCGCCGUCGCCAGUGAUGCCGGCGCACCGAGAGACCAGAGUCGUCCCUCGGACGCAUCCAUCGCCGCCAACCCACACUCGCGCAUGUUGCUAAACCUGCGAGGCGAGCGAGUCUACUUUGGCGGAGCGGCCUCCCUCUCGUUCCUGCAGGUCGUCCGGGGAAUGGUGGCCGACCAGAUCGGCCCCUCGCAAUUCUCCCACAAUGCCCAGAGCGAAACCAUGCUCGAGAAGGAGUCGCCGAGCUCGAGUAGGAGUUUGCCGGCGUCAAACGUGGUGGAACUCGACUCGGCGUCGAAGCUCGCCUUUUCCCGCUGCUACCGCGCCGUGACCGAAGGGUUCAUCGACGUGUUUGCGCCCUCGGAGCUCGAGGAGGCUUUCGUGAGAGGCCGAGAAGGCGGCGGCGUGAGAGUCAGUCCUCAGCGACGGGCGGCGCUGGACCUUGUCGUCGCCAUCGGCGCGCAGGUCAAGUCGGCGGCCACGGCCCGCGACGUUGGGCCUCAUUACUUUCGCCAGGCGCAGCGCCUCGCCUUUGACGGCAUGCUCGAGGACCCGGACAUUGACAUGGUCCGCUGCUUCCUCCUCAUGGCCUUUUACCUCCUCGGCGAGUGCCGCCGAAACGCCGCCUUUAUGUACCUGGGCAUCGCGACGCGAGCUGGUGUAGCCCUGGGCUUGCACAGUCGCGAGUCAUAUGGCGACAUGAAUGAUAGACAGGACAAUCUCAGGAUGCGGGUCUGGCUCAGCCUGCGCAUCGUCGACAUGCUCGCCAACUCCAUCCUCGGCCGGCCAGCUGCCACGGCGGGCUUGCACUCUGACAUCAACACCAUCAUCGACGACAUGGCAGGACAGGCGCAAGGCGACGAUGACAUGAGGCGACUUGUCGCAUCGCAUCAGAUCGUCUGCAUCAUCAACGGCAUUGUCGACACGCUCUACGACAAGAAGGAGCUUUCGGUGCCCGUGGUCGAGCAGUUCCUCGAUGAGAUUGAAACGUGGGCCAAGACCCUGCCGGAUUGCAUCCGCGGCACGUCUCUUCGCGGAGAUCUGGCCCCGGGGCCUAACGGACACAAAGGCACCAUCGGCAGCAUUCAUGUAUCCUGCCUGUACUACUUUGCCGUGACACUGGCCACGAGGCCGAUCCUGAUAUCGACGCUCACCGCGCCGCCGGCCAGUGGCGGACUGGCACAGUCGAAUUUGGCGUCUGCGUGCCUCGACGCCGCAGUGUUUCUAAGUCAGACGUGUGUCGAAGCACGCCGUGCCAACCUGCUGUACGGCAACAUGUGCAUCAUGAAGGCGCUCGUUUUCGCAGCCGGCCUUGUCCUCGGCUUCGAGAUCUUCGCCAAGCGAUCCAUCGACUACGACAUCGAGUCGGCCUUUGGCGGCGCGCGCGACGUGCUCAACUUCCUCGCGACACAGAGCCCGCAGGCCGCGCACUACUACGAGAUCCUGACGCUGCUGGCCAACGCGAUAGCAAAGCAGCGCGAGAAGAUUGCCUCAAAGGGCCGCAGCCGCUACGUGUCGCGGCUGUUCACCCUCGACGGCGGGGAUGCCGACGGGCGGGCGGACGCGGCAACUGGAGCGGACGGCGGCGAGAGAGGUGCCGAGUGGGUGCCGGGCGGCGCGGCGGCUGCGGCAGACUACACGGCUGAGCUGGGGGAAGAGGGUGUGAGUUGGAUGAGCGGGAGCCGCACCCCGGCGGGGGGCGAGGAGGUGUUUCUGGGCUGGGAUAGCCUGGAUAUUUCGCAGUGGGACAGCUUUCCGUUUAUUCCGUGA